GCGUUGCCACGGCAACCAGGAAAGGCGUACCCGGAAGCCUUAGCUCCGAGCGCUCAAAGACGCCAAAGAUCAUGCUCUGUCGGCUCAUCUUUAUCGGUUCCAGGCCCAUUUUUGACCAAAGCAAAGCAAAUGAGGAACUGAGUAGGAGGCAUGGAAUGGCCAUCUGCUCAAGAGCCAGGGGACUCAGAAGAGCAAGGAGGCCCGGCACAGACGGACCUAUGUGCCACUCAAUUUUCUGAAGAGAUCCUCAGGUCCUGUACUGAUGAGGUACUGAGUAGUUCUGGUUCCAUCAGUUCCUCCGGAGAACAGCAAUCCCGUUCCCACACUUCUGAGAGCCCACAAGGGAGUGAGACGCCGACUACAAGUUCAGAAGAACAAGACGAGCAGCCAGAACCUUCAGUCUUACAGAAGGAUGAAAAUAAACUGACUGAAAAGUGGAUCAACCACAUCAAGAGCAAAGAAAUUAAUUCCCAAAGAUACCAGCCCGACAGUAGACUCCCAGCAGAAACCCCUGCGGGAUCCGCUGAAGAACUGAGUGCCCUGACGUCCUUUUGUUCUGCUAAAGUAAACCUGAUCCAUCAGAGAGAGGGUUCAAGAGCCAAGAAAAGCAGCAGACAGAAGAGACUGCAGCUCAGAUGGACUGCAGAGACUUCAGAGGUAGAUGCUUUCCAUUGUCCUGUUCCUGAUGAACUGUUGAGCAGAAUCUAUUUGAAGAACACGAGGGCGACUCUGGCGCAGGUAGAGGCAGUUAAGCAGCACGUUUCUUCACAAUGCCCCAGUUGUAAUAGCAAGCGGGCAGAGCUGGCUCUGUCUGACUUCCUGAAAGGAAGGAAGACUCUGCUGGAGUCGCUUCUACUCCAAGAGAAAAUAGACGAACACCUUCAUACCACAGACUUUCUCACCCGUGUUGGGGAAGCACAUCGGGGCCUCCCCAGGCUUUCAGAUGAUCCCAGGAUCAUCUGGAGGCGAGUGACUGAGAAAAUUCAGACGAGAAACUCAGGCUUUGGAAAGGCAGAUUCAAAGCAGGUGUAAGAUGACUGUACAAAUACUCUACUGCUUUUCAACCCACUCAUGCAACUAGAUAGGAGGCGCUGACUGCUAAUGAUGAUAUAUAAUGUGCCUGACCAGGGGAUGGUGACUAUUAAUGAUUAAUGAUAAUGUGUGAUGUGAAUGCAUGCGACUGUUGUGUAUUUGAGUAAUUACCAUCUUUUGUAGAGUGACUUUAGAAACUGAUGUAAGAUUUUUUUCUUCUGCUUCCUUCACGGAGAUCUAAAUAAUUCCAUCCAAUAGAUGUUUCACAUUAUGGAAGAUAAUUGGAGUAGUUACAAAACCUUUAUAACCUGGGAGGAUGAUAGAUAAUGGGUAGUUUGGAGUGGUGGUUGACAGUACAGAGAGAAAGAAGUAAACAGAUGUAAGAUAGUUAGGAAGCAUGACAGGCUGGUUCUGGUGAUGAAAUGGCUGUGGGGAUUUAAUAAAAGCUACAUGUCAAAAUGGCACCGGAAUUCUGACUUGUAUAUUUGAUACUUGAAUGAAUGGUAAUUUCCUUAAGACAGCAGGCUGCUUAAUUUCUGUUAACUUGACAAAACUGAAGUCACCUAGGAAUAAGGAACAUCUAGUUGAGGAACUGCCUUUAUCACAGUGGCCUAUGGGAAUGUGGGCAUGGGGGGGUUUACUUAAUUAAUGAUUAAAUUGGGAGGGUCUAUGCCACUGUAGGUGAUGCCAUCCUUGGUCUGGUAGUCUUGGGCUUUGUAACACAGCAAGCCGAGCAAGCUAUGGAAAGCAAGCCAGUAAGUCUUAUUUUCUCAUCCUUUCUGCUUUAGUUCCUUACAAAAUAUUUUUUUGCCUUCAAUUCCUGUCUUUGCAUCCCUCCAUUGACAAUUACCAGUAAACUAAAUAAUUUCCUCCUCAAGCUGGUUUUGCUUAAUAUUUCCCACCCCCAGCAACAAAAACGUAAACAAUGCAGACAUUGGUACCAACGAGUGAGACGUUGCUCUGACAGACCUGACCAUGUUUCUUGGGACUAUUGUGGGAGGAGUUGAGAGCUUUGUGCCAGGAAAGAGGCCUCUGAAUGCUCAGAGCUUAAUGACCUGUUGGGAGAGCUUGGAGGAUAUGGAUGUUGAGAGGAAGGCAGUUGUUGGAGGCCUGGCUUGUAAAGUUUUAGAGGGAAGCCAAGACCCUAUCAGGGAUGUUUGUGGGAUGUUCUGAAUCAAGAAUCUGACAAAGGGUCAGUUGUGCUGGUUUCUGUCAGCUGACACAAAUGAGAAUCACUUAGGAAGGGGAAUCUCAACUGAGGAAUUGCCUCUAUCACACUGGCCUAUGGGCAUAUUAUGGGGGCACAUUCUUGAUUAACGAUUCAUGUGGGAAGGCCCAGCACACUUUGAGUAGUGCCAUCCUUGGGCAGGUGGUACUGGGUUGUAAGAAAGCAAGCUGAGAAGUCCAUGGAAAAGAGGUCAGUAAACAGCAUUCCUCCAAGGUCUUUGCUUCAGUUCCUGCUUUUAGGUAGUUGCUUUGAGUUACUACCUUGACAUCCCUAAAUGAUGGAUAUAAGCCGAAUAAAUCCUUUCUCCACCCUAGUGGUUUCUAGUGAGUAUUUUUAUUCCAGCAACAAAAAUCCAAAUACAGAUAGGAACACUAGUACCUGGCAAAUUUGAAGGAAUGAUUGGAUGUAAUUCUUUAUAUCUAAGCAGUGUGAGAUUUAUUUGAAAUGUAUACACUGAGAGUGUAAAGAAACGGGUUAUUUGUACUUACAGUUAACAGGAAAGGUCUAGAGGUUAGAACACAGAGAGACUAGUGGGGAAAUCAUUGGUACAUGGUUAGAAAUUGAAGCCAUAGAUGGGCAAUCUUUUCUAAAGUCAGGAGAGAAAACAGAAGCAGGAUUAGUUCCAGCUUCUGAGAAAUGCCAACCAUGAAUGAUUGGGGGAAAUAAUCAUGCAACAGUAAAGCAAUGAAAUACAGAAUAUGAAUAUAUACUGCAUGAAAAGUUUAAUUGCUGGCAGGGGAAAGGUGAAGCCAAGGGAACACAUAAAGUAGUUGUGAAAAAAAUCCCUUUGGUCAGAAUAAUUUUAUGAAUCUUUUGUUCACUCUAAUUUCUAAUCUAAGGAAACUAUCAUUUUUUGAUGAGUACUGUGCUAUUAAUGGGGAAAGUUACAUGUAUCUUGGUAAUUGAUGAGUACUGUGCUAUUAAUGGGGAAAUUACAUGUAUCUUGGUAAGUCAUAUUUACGUUUUAUUUCUUAAUGAAAAUAAAAAAAUGCUAGCAUGGGUGGCAUUACCCUGA